AUGGUGGGACCUCCUGACAUGAGAAGACAGGAUAGGCGGUGCGAGUAUCACAAGGAUCAUGGCCAUGAUGCUGAGAGUUAUUAUGCAUUGAAGGAUCAUCUGGAGGAAUUGAUACAAGAUGGUCGGCUGCAACAGUUCGUCCGAAAAGGCAACUCAACCAAAGCAAUAGCCACAAGACAGGAUUCAGCUCCACUCGGCGUGAUCUACAUGAUAUACAGCCUGCAAAUGUCAUCUGUAGUGCAUACUAUUCAGUCAAAUCCUGACCCUCAAAAUCUACUCACUCCGGCUAAACGGCCCCAUGAAGCUGCGAGCAUUGCUUUCGAUGACUCAGAUUUGGCCAGAGUGACUCUUCCUCAUGUUGAUCCCUUAGUAAUCGAGUUACGUGUAAACCAAUUUACCGUUGAACGCGUACUCAUUGAUCCGGGGAGCACAUCAGAAGUCAUGUAUUAUAAGACAUUCACCAAACUCGGCUUCUCCGAAUCCGAUCUCUCUCUGACUCCUUAUCCACUAUUCGGCUUCAACACCAACCCAGAAUACCUGUUGGGGAAAAUCACAUUGCCUGUUCAAGCGGGCUCCCGGACAGUGGAUGUGGAAUUCCUGGCCGCCAAGCUGCCAUCGCCAGACAGUAAAGGUAUCCCCCAAGUUCUCCGUACUGGUCUCAAGAUCUACCAAGGGAUUGUUGAUGGUCAAAAAAGAUUUCAAAACCUGGGAAAUGCUUUUUCGUUGAAGAAUCCACCCAAGGCUAAGGAAAGCCGCAGAAGGGGAAAUCCUCUCAUUCUCUGA